AUGUCCAACAAUUAUCAGGACUUCAAUUCCCCCAAUACAGCUGGUCUUCCAGGAUAUGAGUCCGGAAUGUGGCUUAGCCCACAGCAAGAGGCUUAUACGCCGGUGGUCUCAGUCUGGCCACAGGUGACGACCCAGUAUCAGCACUUACUCGUACUGGGCGCUCAAGGAAUAUCGCCACCGUCUACCACCCCCACCGCAGGACCCGUCGUUGGUGGUAGCAAGAAGAGAGGAGCAGAGGAAGCUGGGUUCCAACAAACCCAGCCGCAAACCAAGCUUCAGAGGAAGAGAUCUACACUCGACAGCCUCCCGCGGAACUUUCAGCCGUCUGGGCCGCUGCCUGGCUCUACUCCGCCGAACGCCCCGCUUUUGGCUCUUCAACAACUGCCACUACCAACGCUUAUAUAUACGGCACCUACUGGGGCGCAGUACUACAUGGAUAUCCAGACUCCUCUCUUAACCCCUUCCUCAACGUUGUUGGCGCCUCCGCAACCCGGGCUAGAGUUUAAUCCCGGGAUUCUCCCCGGACAGGCGACCGUCAACCCUGCUGCUGCUCGAGCGCAAUUCCCUGUUUCCUACGCGCGACCUGCUUCGCCAGAGAGCGGGUCAAAUGAUCAACAGGACGUUGUCGCAUGUCAAGAGCACGCAGGACAGAUCUCCGCGCAGGCAUAUGCCCAAGCAUCGUUAACCGCGGGCCCCCAGCAGCUUUAUGCUACUACCGCACAUGUAUUUUUUGGCCAUACGACUAUGGCUGUACCUCAAGGAGAACUCCAGGCUGCAGCGCUGCCUCCCAUGGAAAGAGGCGGAAGGAAGAAGAAAGAUGGUGCUCCCGGGGAAACAUUUACCUUAAUCACAACCACCCCCCCCUGCCGAACCCUCCAAGCCAGCUGCUGGCAAGAAGAAGGCUGCUCAGAAGAAGGCUGGCCCUCCUGCUGGAGUAGGCGGUGCCUCUCAAAGUGUAACCUUGCCCCCAGCUGUCGCCACAGAUUCUUCAGGUCAACCAGCCAUGUCCGAGGCGGCGCAUAG